GCAUAAUACGUUCCUUCUUCUUCCGCUUCUUCUACUUCUUUUCUCUCUCUGACACUCCUUUUUCACUUCUUUUCUAUAAUGAACUUUGAAUGAUAAAACAUCGCUUAGAUAAGAGAAUUAUCAUCCUUCAAUCCACUUCAUUUCAUUUUUUGUUUUGCUUUUUUCGUUUUCCUUUUGAAGCACAAACACCCAUCAAGAAAUGAAUGCAGAGCCCUUCUUAUUUUCUCUCAGCGGUUAACUGUACUGUUUCUUCUAUGUUUUCUGUUCAUAACAGAUUGGGUUUUUGAGCUGGUUCUCGGUCGGGUCCUUAUAAUCUUAUACUUUUCUGGCGUGGAAGGAAGAAAUAAACGCCAACUUCAAAGAAAAGCAGUUGUUGUGUUAUCUACUACACUGGUGUAGGGUCCUACUCCUAGUGUCUCCGUUUUGUUGGCCAGUAGUAAAAACCCAGAUCUUUUAACCACUCCUUUUUGUGUAUUAAGAGCUCUAAGGCAGGAAAUAAAAAUAUAUUAAAUUUUUUAUGUCUGUAUGUUUCCUAAUGCUCCUUUACUACCAUUCAAAAAGAGACCUUAUUUUUUUAUCUUUUCUGGACUGAUUUUUUUUAUAAUUUUAUGAGGUCAUAAAGCUUUUUCUGAGAAAGAUUUUCUUAUUUUUCUUUAAUAAAUUUUGUUUUGAUAAGGCUCUGAAGCUUUUUCAGUGAUAAAUUAAGUCACAUUUAUAAUAUGUACAGAAGUGGAAACCGAGAAAGCUCUACUGUUUAUUGGGUCCAUAUUCCUUCUCCUUUUCUCCAAUCAAAGUUAUGUUUUUGGAAUUUGUAUUCAUAACAGGUUAAUAAUUGUUACUGGUCUAGUGGUGGAUUCUUUGCUCUUUGCAUCUUCAUUGUAACCCAAAAGAACCAACCAUCUUUUUGUUCUACUUUGGUUUGAUUUUUAUAGUCUUUUAUAGAAGGAUUCUGUUUAUUUUCGUGACGUUUAGUUUCCGGUAUAUAAAGAGUUUUACCAUAUAGUUUAUUAUUCAUAUGCCGUACAAGAAUCGAGAUUCUGUGCUAACAAGUAGGAAGUUUGUUACUGUUUUUGAGCUUAAGAUAUGGCUCAAGAAAUAGUGCCAGAGAACCUCAAGGAGCAGCUUGCUCUUGCUGUGAGGAGCAUUCAGUGGAGUUACGCAAUUUUCUGGUCCACUUCAUCUAGACAACCAGGGGUGUUGGAGUGGGGCGAUGGGUACUAUAAUGGAGAUAUAAAGACGAGGAAAACAGUUCAAUCAGUAGAGCUUAAUGCAGACCAACUGGGUUUACAAAGAAGCGAGCAAUUGAGAGAACUUUACAAGUCUCUUUCGACAGGCGAAGCUGGUCCCCAAGCUAGGAGACCUACUGUUGCAUUAUCUCCAGAAGAUCUUACUGAUACGGAAUGGUACUACUUGGUUUGCAUGUCUUUCGUAUUCAACAUUGGCCAAGGCUUGCCAGGAAGAACCUUGGCAAAUGGUCACGCUAUUUGGCUGCAAAAUGCUCAGUAUGCUGAUAGCAAAACAUUCACUCGCUCUCUCCUAGCUAAGAGUGCAUCUAUUCAGACUGUAGUAUGCUUUCCAUUCUCGAGAGGUGUGAUUGAGCUGGGCGUGACCGACCUGGUUUUGGAGGACCCAAAUCUCAUUCAACAUGUUAAAACUUCAUUCUUGGAGAUACCAUUUCCCAUUGUUGCUACAAAUACUAGCACAAGAAGCGACAAAGAUCACGAGAUUCUUGAAGCCAAAUUAGUUCCAGUUGUAGGACGUGAAGAACUAGAUGCAGUUUCCCCAAAUGACAGCUCUGAUGAUCAGCCUGCUGAAGAUUCAUUUAUGGUGGAAGGGAUAAAUGGAGGAGCUUCUCAGGUACAAAGCUGGCAAUUAAUGGAUGAUGACUUCAGUAAUUGUGUUCAUCAUUCCCUGAAUUCCAGCGACUGUAUAUCUCAAACUAUUAUAGAUCCUAUAAAGGUUGUCCCCGUUUCGAACAAUGAAACAGCACACAAGCAUUGUUUGAAAGAUGUUCAAGAGUGCAAUGACACUGAACGGACUGCAUUAGACCUUCGAAAAGACGACUUGCACUACCAAGGUGUUCUCUCGUCUCUUUUAAAGACUUGUCAUCCAUUAAUUCUAGGACCAUGUUUCCAGAACUGCAACAAGAGGUCCAGCUUCGUCGGUUGGAAGAAACCACGACUUAUGCAUCUUCCCAAGUUAAAAAGUGGAACCUCGCAAAGCCUAUUGAAGAAGAUUCUGUUUCAAGUUCCUCGGAUGCACGUCGCCAGCUUGCUCGAGCGUCAAGAAGACAAGGGCAAUAAAGUUGGAGUUCUGAGACCAGAGGCAGAUGAUAUUGGUGCAGGCCACGAAACAUUAGAUAGGAAACGAAAAGGACAGAUAAGCGAAAGAUUGAUGAUUCUCAAAUCUAUUGUCCCUUCGAUGAGUAAGACUGAUGAAGUAUCUAUCCUAGAUGACACGAUAGAAUACCUGCAAAAGCUCGGAAAAAGGGUUGAAGAAUUGGAGUCAUGUAGAGAGUUCACAGAAUGUGAGGCGAGAACAAGAAGGAAACCUCAAGAUGCUAUAGAGAGGACAUCUGAUAACUAUGGUAGUAGUAUUAUUGGUAGCAAACAAAAAUCACUGAUAAACAAGAGAAAGGCCUAUGACAUUGAUGAAGCAGAGGCAGAGAUAGAGAAUAUCAUGUCGAAAGAAGGUUCAGCUGAGAACAUUAGUGUCAAUAUAAAUGACAAGGAUGUAGUAAUUGAGAUAAAGUGUCCCUGGAGGGAAGGAUUAUUGCUUGAGAUCAUCGAUGCAGCAAGCCAUCUGAAAUUAGAUUCUCUCUCGGUUCAAUCAUCCACAGCUGAUGGGAUGCUUUCUUUGACUAUCAAAUCUAAGAAGGGAUAUGCUGCAUUGUCACCUGGAACAAUCAAACAGGCCAUCCAAAGAGUUGCUGGGAAAUGUUGAUAUCUCAGUCCUGCAUCGAUGAGAAUGUGCAUACGAUUAUGGCAACAGGAAUUAGCUGCUGCAUCAGGCUGCACGUAGAGUUGCUGGGGAAUUUGAAGCUUGAUAACAAUCAAUGUCCCUGAUCAUUUUUUGCUUUUUUGGUUUUCUUCUGUUAGAACUUCAUUACUGAAGUUGUAAAAUUCUAAGUAGAAGGUCGUUUUGUAGAUCAUGGUCAUAAAAAUGGAGACCUCUUGCUCCGCUAGAGUAGGCUAAUAAGCAGUGGUCACAAACUUGUCCCAAACGUUGUAAUUUUCUCUCUUUUUUCUUUUCUUCCACUGUGGUGUAGUAUGGACUUCUGAUUUUUCCCCAACAAAAAUGUACUUGCAGAUGCAACUAGGAUAGGAUCUAAAUCAAGCCACAGAAAUGAGAUAUCCAGAGUUAAUAAAUCGACUUCUGUGUGCAUGUACAUGUGCUUUCUCCCUCA